CUUCAGCAGGGGCGGACUGACUAUUUGGAAAUUCGGGCACUGCCCGAGGGCCCGGGGCCAGUAGGGGGCCCCAUGAGAUGCCCCUGGUACCUUUUUCAUAGGCUUUUUUGAGUUUGGGCAAGGACACAGGGGCCCCAUUAACCCCUAUUGCCCGGGGGCCCCAUGAGUUGUCAGUCCGCCCCUGGUCUCCAGUCUAAACCAAACUGGACAAUCGCACUGUAGCCGUCAUUCGGCUAUAGCGUGGUUGGCA